AUGAAAGUAUUCAGUUAUUUGAUAUUAUCAACAUUGAUUUCUUGGGUUACUGCAUUGAACUUAGAUGUUUUAGCUAAAGCUAAUCCUGACCCAAUUUGUAUCAGAGAUUUCGCUCAUGAAGAUCAAUUAGUUGUCAUCAACAUUAAAACUGAUGGUAGAAUAGGUGAUGGUCAACAAUUAAAUGUUAUUGUUGUUGAUUCUCUUGGAAAUGAACUUCGUAAGAAGAACGAUAUUGGUAAAGAUACCAGAAUCACUUUUAACAGUUUCCACAAUGCUGCAUUUGAUGUUUGUUUUUCAAAUUAUUUACAAAAUCAAGGUAGAUAUUCUCAAGUUUCAAGACAAAUUGAAUUAGAUAUUGAAAGUGGUGCAGCUGCCAGAGAUUGGAAUGCUAUACAAGCUGCCGAAAAAUUGAAACCUAAUGAAGUUGAAUUACGUAGAAUUGAAGAAAUGACUGCCGAAAUCGUUAGUGAAUUACAAUAUUUAAAAAGAAGAGAAGAAAGAAUGAGAGAUACUAAUGAAUCAACUAAUUCAAGAGUUAAAUAUUUCUCAACUAUUGUUAUUAUUUCAUUAAUCGGUUUAGGUGCAUGGCAAAUACAAUACUUAAGACAUUACUUUAAAGUUAAACAUAUCAUUUAA